AUGGCUCGCCCCUCCCACGCCCCGGACUUUCUGCCCCUGGUCCCUGGAGCGGUUCGGGACCCUCUGGACGCUCUGGAGGACCCUGACUUCUCGUCAGACGAGGAGGACGCAGCUCCGUUUGACUCUGAUACAAUGGCAGUGCCUCCUACAUAUGCUGACCUGGGAAAGGCUGCCAAGGACAUCUUCAACAAAGGCUAUGGCUUUGGCUUGGUGAAGCUCGAUGUCAAGACCAAGUCUGCAAGUGGAGUGGAAUUUAAAACAUCUGGUUCCUCAAACACUGAUACCAGCAAAGUGGCUGGCACCCUGGAAACAAAAUACAAGAGAGCAGAAUAUGGUUUGACCUUCACCGAGAAGUGGAACACUGACAACACUUUGGGAACAGAGAUCACAAUCGAAGAUCAGAUUGCUAAAGGACUGAAGCUGACUUUUGACACCACCUUUGCACCCAACACCGGCAAAAAGAGCGGCAAAGUGAAGACUGCAUACAAGCGCGAGUAUGUUAACCUGGGCUGUGAUGUCGACUUUGACUUUGCGGGACCCACCAUCCAUGGUGCAGCUGUUGUUGGCUACGAGGGCUGGUUAGCUGGUUACCAAAUGACCUUUGAUACAGCCAAGUCCAAAAUGAGCCAGAACAACUUUGCCAUUGGUUACAAGACGGGCGACUUCCAACUCCACACCAAUGUCAACGAUGGAGCAGAGUUUGGUGGCUCAAUCUACCAGAAGGUGAACGAUACUCUGGAGACGGCAGUCAGCCUGUCAUGGACCGCAGGGAGCAACAGCACUCGCUUUGGUAUUGCAGCUAAAUACCAAUUGGACAAGGAUGCCUCCAUCAAUGCUAAAGUGAACAACAAUAGCCUGGUUGGUGUUGGCUACACUCAGUCUCUCAGAUCAGGUGUGAAGCUCACCCUGUCAGCCCUGGUGGAUGGAAAGAACAUCAACGCCGGAGGACACAAGCUGGGCCUGGGCCUGGAGCUGGAGGCCUAG